UGGGAAUGGCAGAAGAUCUCACUUCAGCAGUGGUGUUCGUUUCUCAUUCCCUGCAAUGUUAUCUCUUUUGCAGUGGGAAAACUGGACUAGACAAUGUUUUUGUUUAUCUAAAGUUUCAUAUGCUUAACACAUAUUGAAGCUGGAAAGCAUGAGAUGCAAAUUAGCUUCACUUUUGCCAGGUCAUGUAAUGAUCUCAGUGGCAAUGGGACAGCAUGGACUGCAGCUGAGACUGUGCUUGCCAUGGACUGCUGCCUGUCUUACGGGGGAUUUCCUGGGUCACACUGUGGUGUCCAAACUUGAGAAGACCUUAGACCUGGGACUCAUCAGAUAAUUAAUUGCCAGCAAACUAUAAAACUACUGAGUCCAAUCCAGCAAAAUCAUUAAAGCGAUUUUAAAAAAAAUUAGUAACAAUUAAAAUGUUAAUUCUUUAUGUGUAUUCAUAUGUGUAUACAAAUUUGGGAAGAUUUCUUUAUAUACCAGAGUUGUGCUGCCAUUCAGAGGGACCUCAACAGGCUGGGGAAACAGGCAUAAUUCAGGAACCUCAUGAAGUUCUGCAAUGGGAUUUGCAAAGCCCUGCACCUGUACAUGCUGGGGGCCAGCUGGCUGGGAAGCAGCUUUGCCAUGGUGGUGAACAUGUUUGGCCUGAUCCAGCAGUGUGCCCUUGCAGCAUAAGGGUCAAGAGCCUCCUGGGCAGUAUUAGGAGGUGUCUUGCCAGCAGGUCAAGGGAGGUGGCUCUUCACCUCUAUUCGACACUGGUGAGACAACAUCAAGUCCAGGUCUGGGCUGCCCAGGUACAAGAAAGAAGAGCACAUACUGAAGCAGGUUCAGCAAAGAGCCAGGAAGGUGAUAAAGGGACUGGAGUAUCUGUCAUGAGGAGAGGCUAAGAGUGCUGGAGUUGCUCAGAAGUUGAGAACAAGCACUUUUUCCAGUGAAAACUGUACAAUGUGUAGAUUUAAAGAAAGUUCACUUCUGUUUGGGGAGAAGUUGUGCAUCUGCUUGACUUUGCAAUUCGACUGUAAUUCAACCAAAAUGAUGAAGGCCUAUACAAUUCCCUGCUAUAAAGCAUAUGCUGUAAAGUAGCUCCUGAGAUGGACAAUGAAAUUCUUAAGAAGAUGAGCAAAGUUUUGCUGUCAGUGUUUUUACAGGCAGCAAGUGCCUGCCAGGCUCUGAGGGCAUCCUGUGUUGAUACAGCCCUUGCCUACGCUGGUCUUGUAAUGCUGGAGCUGCUGGUGACUCGCUGGGAAGAGUGACAGAAGAUCCUCCUCCUCCUUCCUCCUUGUGCUUUUGAACACAGGAAUAUACGGAGAUCACAGAGUCUGGAAGAUAGAGCAGCACUGUAGAAAAAUCUCCAGGAAAGCAGUAACUUCUUUCCCAAGCUCAGAAAAUAGUGACACACUUUCAUGUUUUGCUGCAGAACUGCCCAGCACCAUGGAGCUGAUUUUGUAAGAGAACCUUUCACUGUUGUCUAACAGUGCAAAGGGGAUCCUGUACUGACUGUGAAUUGAAUUGAGGUGGAAAGGAUGUAUGUUUACAUCCCUGUUACACCCCCUCUGCAGUUCCAGAGUGCUGUCCAAGAGACUGGGAAAAGGGCCAAAGAGAUUUAAAAGGGAAAAACAGAAAACAAGAGAAGUAAAUGAAAAGGCCAAAAAACCACUUAAGAAUUUAUGGUGCCAAAGCAAGCAGCAGUGCUGGUGGCACAACUGGCACACAGCAGCUAACAAGACACCAGAAAUGCUAAGGUCCUUAGCAGCCAGUGCUCCUCUGCAUAUCAGCAAGCACCCUGCCUACUAACAGUGGCUUUUGGAUCAAGCCCUGACAAAGCAGGAUUAUCUGGGGGAAGGAGAAGGGCCAGAGAAAAAUGUGCAGUGCUACUGGGAGGAACAGGAGAGGUUGGCUGCUGUACCCAAAGGCUGUGAGAACAAAGCCUGGGAGCACAGGAUGCAUUUUACGAAAUGGCAUUUCACAUCCAGCUCUUACAGCCUUCCCUGUUGAAAAUCAUGCUUGUCCUGCCUUCAGCUGUCUGGGUACACUGUUUGACCAGUGGAAGUCUGCCUGUACAUGGAUUCACUGGCUCCCUGGAGAGUAAGAGUCCUCCCUGUGAAUGAAAUGAGCAGAAUCCUGAUCCAAAUCAGGAAAACAAGCCAGGUGAAGCAAUUGAUAAGGAAGUGGGAGGAUAAAGGAUGAUAAUUAAAAAAGGAAACAGCUUCUGCGUUGACUGACUGAGCACAGGAGUUUUUACAUCAGAGCAAGAGGGGAGGAAAAGAAACUUGAGAGCUGGACAUCACUGAAAGGAAGCAAAGAGAAAGUCGUGGGAGGUGAGGAGCUGUAGAGUUUUGCCAACACACUAACACUGCCAAACUCAGACAGUGUUGCCUUGUGCUCAGAUGGAGUGUUCCUGCCAGUGCCUGCUGCUGCUAGAUAGAAUUGCAGGAGGACAGAAGCACGGAGAGCUUGGGAGUUUUGUUUCACGGUUGGUUUAUGAAAAAUACUCUGAUUUAUUAUCCAUUAUUUUCAUUCCUGUAAUAUAAUACCUGCACGCAGUGAAUUUCAAACUCAUGAUAAAACCCCCGCUGGCUGAAGUUUAUGGCGUCAUUGAAGCAAACGUGGUGAUGAAUGCUGAAUCUUUGCGGAGAAGAUGGUGACAGAGAUCGGGGCUCUCUUUCGCUGCCCGGGAGGCCUCGGGGCCAUACGUGGAGCCUGCUGCUCUUUUGAGGCCGUCACAGCCGGCGCCCCCAGCUCCCGCAGCAGCCUCUGCCGAGGCCUGCGGGGUGGCCACCGCCAGAGGGACCCUCUGCACUACGGCGCCUCAAAACACAUCCCUUGCUGCGCUAAAGAGCGGCCUACACAACAGUGCACCCCAGGACAUCGUUUCUGAAGCUUUCACCACAGGAAUCUUACCGGUAAAGCCUGGCUUGCAGCUGCAGAUGUAGCCCUCGGCCUGGUCGUAGCGGAAGGCGGGCGGCAGGCCCGGGGCGCUGCCGUAGCGGGAGGCCCAGGAGCGCUCCACGCAGACCCCCCCGGAGAGGCAGGGGCUGCUGCUGCACUCCCUGAUGUCCUCCUCACAGCGGGACCCCCUGUAGCCUGCGGAGAGCCAGCAGGAGAAGGUGUUUAGUAUACGUCCUAUUCAGUCAUUCCAGACCUGAAAAUGUUAUUGCGGAUAUCGGAUGCACUGGGCUUCAGGCUGGUGUGCUAAAAGCUUUCCUCUGCUCCUCUGAGGCGCGAAUGUCCCCACGCAGCUCUGACAGGGCUCUGCAGCAGGGUAUUGCUGUGGCUAUUCUACAGUAGCUCACUGAGCUCUCCCACCGAAAGACUUUGUUAUCUUUUCGGAAGCAAGGUGAAGAUCUGUGGAUAACACUGCAUGGGGGUGUGGCUGCGCUUCCAGCUCGUGUGGCGUUUUCCUUUGCGUCAGCCCCCUGUGACAGAGGGGGGCAGGCAGUAUAAAUGUGGUGUUUGUGAAGUGCUUCAUCUGAAGUGCCUCAAAACUCCUCGACUUCUGGAAAAUGCUAAGGGUUCUGAUGAAUUUUCCCACUUCUAAUGUAUCAAGAACCGUGUAGUCCAACAACAUGGUAUCACUUACUCCUCACAGGGAGCCAUGGUGCUGCCUCCUCAGUAAGGACAUGGACAUAAAACUUUCUAGAGUGACUUUUUGUUGUCAGUCCUUAUGCUGAAAGAUUCACAAAGUCUUUUGGGAGCACAGGGUCUGUGUCCCCAGCGGAGCUGCAAAUGGCUGGAUAUGGAAGCACUGCUGGUAAAUGAGAACUCAGCCCAGCCUAUUUGACCCUAUACUUCUGGACAGAGGAACUUGCACUGGUGGUAUGAAGGAGACCAGUUUCCCAGUAUAACACCUAGUGUAAUUUUUAUUCAUAAAUAGACAACAUUUGCAUUAAAAAGUAAGUUUUUAGACUAGUUAAAGGGUCAUCUUAAAUAAGACUGAAAAAGGGUCAGCCGCAGCAGUGAUUCACGUAUCACACAGGUUGAAGGAUUAAGCAACUGCAGAAUGGAUCCCAGCUUUGACUUAUCUCCGUUUUGGCUCCAUAACACCAGCAUUUCUGUUUUGCCUGCUUCUGCUGUGCAGGGAAAUCAGUCCUUAUCUGGACAAGAGAGGUUCUAGCUCACGGUGAACUUGGAUUGAACUGAAUGUGUGGGACAAGUCAAAAUUUUUGGAGGUUCUUAGGAAAGUCAGAAAUCUUACUCUACUGAUAUCUACGAAGCAAGUCCUUAGUUGACAUUUACCAUCCUCUUCAGGGAGAAGAAAGCAAGCUGCAGUGCUGGAGCAGGAGGGGAGCAACUAAGCUCCUUCUGGAGAACUAGUGUCUGUCUGACUUGCAAGGAAUGCCACGUGUCACCUACAGAGCAAUGUGGUUGGUCCUGUGACAAGCUCUGUUGUGCUUUGCAAUGGAUGCACUUUCAUCAUGCUGUUCAGAUACUAAAGCCUUGGCCUGGGCUAGCAGAAAGGAAAGAGAAGGAAGACAGUCACAGCCUCAGCAGCCACGAUUAGAAACUACAACACCAGUACAACCUUUGGCCUUCUGGCACCUCACAAACCCUGGCACAUGAAGUUGGUGUGUUUACUCUGGAGCGAGAGAACUCAUACAACAAACCAAAAGUCCUAAAACAGUCUGGAGCAGAACCAAGUCUUCACGAGGAAUUUUCGCCAGUCACCUAUGAAGCUCCUGACUUUAAAGUUGCACUUCUGCAAUGAAGAAAAGGAGGCGAGUCGCUGCAAAUCGAAAAGAAAAGGUUCAUCUUGGCCAUGAGAAAGAACCUUCAGAACAGAUUCUUGUAGUAGACUGCGCACGUGAAAUUGUCCCCAAGUCUUCAGAAAUAGUUCCUGCAGAUCGGCUUGAAUCUUCCCAAGAACUUUCACCAUCAUCAGAACAAAGAAAGCUCUUAAGCUCAUUGCAGUAUAACAAAAAUCUGCUUAAAUACUUAAAUGACGAUAGACAGAAACAUCCAUCAUUUUGUGAUUUACUCAUAAUUGUAGAAGGAAAAGAAUUUAGUGCUCACAAAGUUGUAGUGGCUGUUGGGAGUAGUUAUUUUCAUGCCUGUUUGAGCAAAAAUCCAAGCACCGAUGUUGUCACUUUGGAUCAUGUAACUCAUUCUGUCUUUCAGCAUUUGCUUGAGUUUCUCUACACCUCUGAGUUUUUUGUGUAUAAAAAUGAAAUUCCGUUAGUGCUGGAAGCAGCAAAAUUUUUAGAUAUCAUAGAUGCAGUGAAGUUACUAAACAAUGAAAGUGUUUCUAAUGUACAGACUGAUGUGGUAACUGAUGCACCUACACCAGUAGAAACACUCAAUGAACUGACAGGUAAACUGUUAAAUAGUCAUCAGUGCACUUUUUGUGGCCGAAGUUUCUGUUACAAGAAGUCCUUAGAAAAUCAUUUGGCCAGAACCCACAGAUCCCUUUCACUGGAAAGAAAACAUGGGUUAAAGAUGCUCGAGAAAGCCAACUUUUCCACGAGGCGUUCUACGAGAAACCGUAGAUGUCCAGCUAAAUUUGACAACAGUGACAAUGAAAGUGGUGAUGCCUCUGACAACAUUUUGGAAAAGGUCAGUUCUGACAAGGAAACAUCUGACAGAAGUGAAUUUGAAGACAGUGAAAGUGAAUGCAAUGCUGAUGAAGAAGGACAGGAAGAGGAAAUGUCAGGUGAAGAUUCAGAGUCAGAAGAGCAAAGUGAAAAAGAACAGAAUGAUACUGAAGAGGGUUCUGAGGCGGUUGAUUCAGUAGGGAGUAUUCCUGAAGGCUUGGCUCCAGUCAUCAUUCAAAGCAGUAGCAAAAAACUACUGCAGUGUCCCAAGUGUGACAAAAAAUUUGAUCGAAUAGGCAAAUAUGAGAGCCAUACACGUGUACAUACAGGUGAGAAGCCUUUUGAGUGUGAUAUAUGUCACCAGCGCUAUUCAACAAAGUCCAACCUAACAGUGCACAGAAAGAAACACUCCGGUGAUAGUGACUUUCAUAAAAAGGAACACAAAUGUCCCUACUGCAAUAAGCUGCAUGCAAGCAAAAAGACUUUAGCAAAGCACGUGAAGAGGUUUCAUCCAGAGAAUGUACAAGAAUUUCUUUCUAUCAAGAAGACGAAGAGUGAAGGUUGGAAAUGUGAUAUCUGUAAGAAAUCUUUCACUCGGAGACCUCAUUUAGAAGAGCAUAUGAUCCUCCACUCUCAGGAUAAACCCUUUAAGUGUACCUACUGUGAAGAGCACUUUAAAUCGCGAUUCGCAAGACUGAAACAUCAAGAAAAGUUCCAUCUCGGGCCUUUUCCUUGUGAUAUUUGUGGCCGCCAGUUUAAUGAUACAGGAAACCUGAAACGCCAUAUAGAAUGUACCCAUGGAGGAAAGAGGAAAUGGACAUGUUUCAUCUGUGGAAAAUCUGUGAGGGAACGAACAACUUUGAAAGAACAUCUGAGAAUUCACAGUGGAGAGAAGCCUCAUCUUUGCAGUAUUUGUGGGCAGAGUUUUCGUCAUGGAAGCUCUUACAGACUUCAUCUAAGAGUCCACCAUGACGACAAGAGGUAUGAAUGUGAAGAAUGUGGGAAAACAUUUAUUCGUCAUGACCAUCUGACAAAACACAAAAAAAUACACUCAGGUGAAAAAGCACAUCAGUGUGAGGAAUGUGGGAAAUGUUUUGGCCGUAGAGAUCACCUUACUGUUCAUUAUAAAAGUGUUCAUCUAGGAGAAAAAGUCUGGCAGAAAUAUAAAGCAACAUUUCACCAGUGUGAAGUCUGCAAGAAAGUUUUUAAAGGGAAAUCAAGUUUGGAAAUGCAUUUUAGGACACAUUCAGGCGAGAAACCCUACAAAUGUCAAAUCUGUAAUCAGUCUUUUAGGAUUAAGAAGACAUUGACAAAACACAUGGUUAUUCAUUCAGAUGCUCGACCUUUUAAUUGCCAGCACUGCAAUGCAACAUUUAAACGGAAAGACAAGCUGAAAUAUCAUAUGGAUCAUGUUCAUGGAUCAAAGGCUGCAGAAGAGGCAUUGACAUCUUCUUCAGAGGAAAAACUAGUCUCCUUACCAGUGCAGUACACCUCUGAUGAUAAAGUUUAUCAAACUGAGGCUAAACAGUAUGUGGAACAGUCCAAAGCAUAUCAAUCAGAAGCCAAAACUUUGCUACAGAAUGUAUCUACAGAAGUGUGUGUGCCUGUGACUUUGGUACCAGUUCAGAUGCCUGAUCCACAAGCUGAUCUAGUACAGCACACCACUCAGUCCCAUGGCAUUCUUCCUCCACAACCUGAGCAGACGGAUUAUCAGCGAGCAACAGAUUUGUCGUUUCUAGAAAAAUAUACUCUUACUCCACAACCUGCAACUAUUGUUCACCCUGUAAGGCCUGAGCAAAUGUUGGAUCCUAGAGACCAGUCAUAUCUUGGAACUUUAUUGGGGCUAGAUACAGCUCCUACUGUACAGAAUAUUUCAAACAGUGAACAUUCAUGAUCAGACCAUAACAUUCCACCUAAUUUACUGAGCCGUUAGCCAAAGAAGGCUGAUAUGGCAAUUCAGAUUUAUAUUUUAUAUUUUAUUUGGACUCAUGAGUCUUCUGCAUAGUUUUGGAAAAACAGGUUUGUUUACAUAAUAUUUGAACAUUUAGGCACAUUUUGAUGCAUACUGAAAGAGUGUCUCUUGUGAUUUUAAGAGUUUUUUAAAAUCUUAUAGAUGGUCUUUUAAAAAUUAAGCUCUGAAAUAUAUUUUAAGGAUAGUAGCUGAAAAAUGAAAUUUCAUAUCUGGUUAUUAAUUUUUAAAACAAUUGCCUUUCUGCAUCUCACUUUUGGUUAAUGUUUUAAGUGUAAUAGCAUUAUGGAAGAGUAAGGAUUAUAUAAAAUUAAAGUUGUAAGGGCAGGCAGGGAUAUAAAACACAAAUUUAUUAUUAAUUAUGUUUCAUGUAGGAAGUUAAAAUAUAAUUUUACUCAAACCCUCAGGCAGUUUUGGAGGGUUUUAAAGUCUCCUGGACUUUGAACUCUAGCCAGUGGACACAGGAACUAGAUUCUUCUGAAAAGUGAUUCAGAUAUUUUAUGAAGACACUAAACGGGGUGUUUGCUGAUCCCACUAAGUAUUGUUAAGCUGCCUGCAUUUGGCCUCUUAAUUUUUCCUUGACCUCUAAUACUGAAUUACGUGGGAAGAUCUAGACAAUGGUAUUGUCUAAUUUUCUACAAUUAUUCCUUUAUCAUUUUUAAUUUGCAUUUUUUCUUGCUUUUUUAAUCUUCUGCAGUGUGACCCACUGAAAAUUUUAAAGGCUAUAACUUCUGGAACAUUAUCAAACUUCUAUUUGAAAAAAAGAAAUAAUCAGCAAUUAUAAAUCUCUUGUGAGUUGCUAGUGACAUUUUGUUUCUCACUUUCUUGAACUGUGUUUAUAAAACACAGUGAAACUCUUGAGAGUAUUUUAUGUCUUUAAUUAUUUUUAGCUUUUAGCUUUUUAGGGUUUUUACCAAAAAACCCCACAUUUUUAACUAGAAGUUAGUGUCAUUCACCAUGAAAUCUAGUCUAAUUUAACCUCAUCAAGCUUUCUAUUUUAAGCUUACUUUAAAAAUAAUUAUUCUGUGUUUGUUUGGUGAAUAACAUGCCAAAGAAAAUAUCUGAAGUAGUUUUAUAAUUUUCGUUAUUGCUUGUGAGAGUUACACAUUAAGGCAAAUUUUUCCCCAGUUUUCCCUGUUCUUAAAUUAUUAUCUUAAGAAAACUUUGAAAUGGGAAACUGGAGGUAUAUGUAUGACUGUAACUGUUAAAUUUAUCCAGUAACCUGAGCACAAGUGAUCUGUGGUGAAAAGAUCGUUUAUCAUCCCAGUUCUAUAAACUCUAAAUGAUGCAAAUAAUUUUAAAUGUUAUUCAGAUAUUUUGGUGUUAGAUUCUUUUAAUCCCCACCUACUUCAGUGUUGAGCAGUUUGCAGGAGAGGGGCCAGAGCUGCCUGAAUGUUUGUAUUUUGAAGCUUGUUCCCUAAUGGAUUCUUAACCUAAACACACCAAAGAUUUCUGUUAGCUGUUAAGUAGUGGCAGAGUUAUAGGAUUUUAAGUGUUACCGAUAUUUAAAUAGGACUUAGCCAAAGAAGCACAAUAGAAGUCCUAAACUUAACAAGUUCAGUUUCUAAAACAGGACUACAUAUGUUUAACUGUUCUGUUUGUGUCUCUCAAGUAAAUUUAGAGCUGUGCUCUGGGAAUGUUCAGACUGACAUGCUGUAAAUGUAUGUGCUAAGAAGCUGGAUACUAGCAAAAAUACAGCAAUAAUGAGGCCAUUUAAUGCCACCUGCUGAAAGGACACUAUCAAGUACUACCCUCCCUGCUUUCUGACUCCAUCUCCUUUCAUAAUAAAACUGUUUCUGUAAUUUUUACACUCCAUGGCUUGAAAACUGCUGGUUUAUGUGUAGUUUUUGAGUCAACAUGUAUGUAUCAUAUUCAGAUUGCCACAUGUGGAUGUGAAACAUGAUUUCCAGCAUUUGUUAUUGUGCUGCUCAAAAUUAAUCAAUGGUGCCAGUGCUGUUCUCAGACUGAAAAUCCUGAGUCUUGUUAUUUCUUGUCUUUUCUGUCCUACAGUAGAAAGAGGUAUUGUGGGAUUUUGACAAAACAGUGGCUUAAAAAUAAUUGGUAACUAAUUUUUUAUUUUAAAAUCCAGUCUGUUUGGAAGGCUCUGGGAAAAUACUAAAAUGGAAUUUGGAGCAUAUUUACUUGAUACUGUCCUUUUAAAAAAUCUUUCAUGAUUGUGCCUUUUAUAUAUAUUCUGACUAAUGGCUUUAUCUCUAGCUCAGUUGAUUAUUCAGAAAACAUAAAGGUCAACAUGUUCCAAAGGGCUUCAUGGCUUUGGGUGCCCAUUAAGAAACAGAUCAUAAAAUGACUCGUUUUUCAGAAAAAAACGAGCACUAUCUUCGCUGUUCAGGUGACCAGAAUUACUAGUCAUUCCUGGAAAAAAAUUACCUACUAGUUCUUUGGCGUUCAUUUAUUUGCAGAUAACCCUACUAGUUAGUGUUUUUACCUGCUGGUCAGGCUGGAUCUUUGCCAGUUGACAGUGAAAGAAAAAUAGGAAAGCUUACACGCUAGAUACAUAGUUUUUAUUUUUUUAAUAUCAUGUGUUCUAAUUCUUAUGGCUUUGCAUCUAUUUAAAAUUCAUAUAUAAACAAAGUAGAUUUUCAUGGACUGAUACUUCAUCUGGUAGGUGAAAGUGGCUUAAUUCUGCUUGAUGGAGGACAGUUCCUUGUAAGAGGACUGGAGAUGAAGGGUGGAGAUCUGCACCUCACAACUGCAUGGGUUGCAACUCCACAGGUGUCUGGUACCUCCAUGUGUAUGUACUCAUCCAAGAGUGCGUGUCCUGGUGAUCUGGAGAGCACUUUUACAAUAGAGGCUAUGUUUUAUCUGGCAGUCUUUGACUCAGUUGACCAUUUUUUGCCAAAGAGGGAAGAAGCAGGUCUCUUAAAAAUAUCUCUAAAGAAUGAUUAGUGGCACAUAGCACAAAGUUUUGGGUUUUUUUUUCACAUACUGACCUUUGGGAAGAAGAGUGGAGUCUGUGUUGGUACUCUAAACUGCUACCUGGCUUCUGAGAACUUGCUGCACUUGUUCUGUUUAAACAUUGAAUUCUGUAUUUUUCUGCUAAACAAAUUUCUAGUUGUUGACUGAGUUACUGCCUUUAAUUCUUUAAGUGGGUUUUAUGUUUAGUUUAUUUAUUUAUAUUGGAAUUUUCUCUUUAAGCACUGACACUUUUCCUACAGAGGUAUGGCUCUCGGGUUCUUUUUAUGCUGAACAUCAGUAAUUGUAAUGGUGAUGAUACGUCUUCUGUAAGGCUGUGUUUUCCUUAAAAAUACAGUGCUACUUUAGUCUGGAUUAUAACUUGGGUAGUUAUUUUUAAAGAUGUGUCAUGCCAGAACACAAUGACAAAAGAUUUAUUUGGAAUUAUCAAAGAACUAAGCUGAUUUCCCUAACGACAAAUGUGAACGAGCAUCCAGAACUCUGAAGAUUGCUUCAAAGGGAUCACCUUGUGACGUGCUUGAUUGACCAUGAAAUGUGUUACAGAGCGCUACGGAGUUUUUACCUUUAAAAUAAUUUCUGUGUAGAAGUACAUUAUUGUAGAAUUAUGAAUGAAUUCUGAGAAGGCUGUUGUAGAUGAGUAGGGUUUUUUCCCUGGAAACAAUGAAAACGAUGUGAAAUUUUUCAAUGUUGAGCAUAUAUGUGUAACUAAUCCAGAUGGUGUGUUCUCCACAUGACUGAGGCUGAAGGGAAAUAAAAUACAUUUAUCUGUAGGUCCUUGUGACUGAUGUCACUCAUGUAUGAUCUUUCUCAUCAGCAUCAUCUCACAGCGAUUUGGUUAUUUCAUGGUUUGUAUUGAAGAAUGACACUGGCAGAAUAUAAUGGAGGGCAGCCACUUUGCUUAAGCCCAUAAGGAUCUUUUUCAUGGUUCAUAAGAAAUGUUUUGCUUUAAAAGGAUUUUAUGGGUUAAAGGUAGCAAUGACAACAUUUUUUAAUCCCCCAUACACAUUUUGAUCAUGUUUAAGUGUUGAUACCCUUUUAUAUGAAAGAAUAAGGUGAAAUAAACUCAAUAUUUUGUCACUGAUACAUGAGAUCGUGUUUUAAAUGUGAUCUGUACAGGUUGAUAUUUUAGAUGGGAGUCUAAGUAAAGUUGUCUUUUUAGGGGAAAUUCUUGGCUAUAAGGAAAAGUUAGGAAGUGUGCUGUAAAUGUAGAAGUACUCAGUCCUAUGUGUAAUUUUGUUUGUUACGGAAAAGUAAAGUUCUUUCGUCUUAACAUUGCUUGCUUCACAGGAUUCUUGCAGGGGUGCUUGCUAAGUUUUGGUUUCUGCCCCUUUUUAUUUAAACAGCGUGGAAACACAACAUUCUGUACAUCUUUCAGUUUUAAAGCUCAUGAAAGAUACACAGAGGAGGCAGAUUUUUUUUUUUUUCAUCACCUUUGUGUGCGUCUCAUUCUCCCUCUUUAUUUUUAAAUCUUUUGUAAAUUAAAUUUAUUUAGAAAAACA